AUGAAAGUGCCCGUUUCGCUGGCUGAAAUUGUCUCCGAUUUCACGGGUUUUCAUCACAUUCACCCGUCCAAAUCGGCCAACAACUUUGCCACGUCAUCGUCAUCACCCAGAAAACUGUCCGCGUCGGCGAAAUCCGAAGGAUCCCAAUCCAGACACUCGCUCAACAUCACAGUCGGAGUGGUAAGUGCGACGCCCUGAAAUCUUUGAAUAUUAUUGGAUUCGCUAUUCAGAAUGGAGUACCCACAAUCCAGCCGCCUGUCCAUUUCGCCAAGAACUCGUCGAGUUCGUCGAGCAUUUCACGAGUCGCCUCGAUGAGUUCGCUUCAAGAAAAAGUGCUGAAAAUGAAGAGAUCCGAAAGUGAAAACGAGUUUUCGGCUGCGGAAAUCAGGAAAAGUUCCUCUGUUUCAUCGUAUAGAGUCCUGCAUUGA